AAGCUUGACGUCACGAUGGCGAAAGUAGAUACACUCGUUGCCGAUGUAGGCAAGCUAAACACUAAAAUGGAUGCCCUUACAGAGAAUAAUAGUAAAUUUAAAGCCGAGUUCCUGACAAUCAAGCAAACUGUCAAUGCGGUAAAGAAAGAUCUUGGCACUGCGGUCGAGAAUAUUAAGGCGCAAGGAAGUCGUCUGGAGAUAGUCGAAGAACGUCUAUCCAAUAAAUCUGUGGGCUUAUCAAAAACAGAUAAAGCAAUACUGCUUCGCGUAGCCUGUCAAAGUAUGGCCAUUCAGCUGGUCAUUAUGGGAGUAUCCGAGUUUACUGGUGACGGUAAUGAAGAUCUUAAUGAGUUCGUCCCGAAAUUAACCUGUGCGUUGGAUGUGGACCUAUCUCCAGCUGAUGUGGUUCGUGUGGAGCGGAUGGGAAGAUUGAGAAAGAGAACAUCAAGCUCCAUGGUAAAUGAUCAUGUGACGUCACGUGCAAUUGUUCUGGAGCUGGCCACGAAGGUAAAAUGUGAUCAAUUCAUUGUUGCAAAGAAGCAUCACCCGAAUUUGAAAUCUUCCAAUAUCGACAGUGGAUAUUUGGACAGCAAAAUAUAUAUAAAUCGCCGGCAGCCCAUUGAGCUACAGAAGUUGAGGAAUCAAGUACUUAAAAAGUGCCCUUCGCUGAAUCCCAGAGCCGUUUGGAUCGCUGAUGCGGCAGUAUACAUCAGGAAGGAUAUGGAUGCCAAGCCGUAUAGGGUUCUUUCAAUCAGUGACUUAUCGGAAUUAACCUUAUGAUUUAUUGGUGCACCUACU